AAUGUCAAAUAGUAAAAGAGAACAUGGUGAAAGUGAUAAUGAGGAAGAUUGGGUUGGACCAUUACCUUCAGAAGCUGUACCUCAAAAGAAACAGAAAGUUUUGGAAUACGAACAGGUGUAUAUAGAGAAUUUACCAUGCUGCGAAUGUUAUGAAAAAUCCUAUAUGCACAGAGAUGUAAUCACUCACAUUGUGGUAACAAAAUCAAAUUUUGUAAUAACAGGUAGUUGUGACGGUCAUGUUAAAUUUUGGAAAAAGCAAGAAGAACUGAUAGAAUUUGUAAAACAUUUUCGAGCACAUAUGAUGGCUAUACAAUCUAUGGCUGCUAGUUGUAAUGGUGUUCAUGCAAGUACUGUAAGUUUAGAUAAAACAAUCAAAAUUUUUGAUGUUAUCAAUUUUGACAUGAUUAAUAUGAUAAAAUUAGAAUUUGUACCACUUUGCUGUGAAUGGAUAUAUUCCCCUGGUGAUGCAAUAUCUGCAAUAGCAGUCUCUGCUCAAGAAUCAAAUAAAAUUUUUGUUUAUGAUGGACAAGGGACUAAUACACCAUUACAUGUUUUUGAAAAAUUACACACUAAACCUGUGAUUGCUAUGAAAUACAAUCCUGUAUAUGAAACAUGUAUCUCUGUAGAUAAAGCUGGCAUAUUAGAAUAUUGGACUGGACCUAAAAUGGAAUAUAAAUUUCCUAAAUGUGUUACAUUUGAUUCAAAGUUAGAUACAGAUUUGUUUGAGUUUGCAAAAAAUAAAACUUAUCCAUGUGGAUUAGCAGUAUCACCAGAUGGUAAAAGAUUUACUUCUCUCAGUGGAGAUAGAAAAGUUAGAGUUUUCAAUUUUCGUACUGGAAAAUUAUAUAGAAUAUUUGAUGAAACAUUACAAAGAUUUUCCGAAUUGCAACAAAUGACACAGCAGUUGCCAAAUAUGGAAUUUGGACGAAGAAUGGCGGUAGAAAGAGAACUGGAUAAAACAGAAACAAAUUUGGGUAAUAUAGUUUUUGACGAAUCAGGUUAUAUAAUUUUAUAUAGCACAAUGUUAGGUGUAAAGGUUGUAAACCUGUAUACAAAUCGGUGUAUUAGAAUUAUGGGAAAACCUGAAAAUAUUCGACCCAUGCAAUUAGCUUUAUUUCAGGGAAAAGCUAGGAAAACUACAGCUGCUGUAACUGUAGAAAUGGAGGCUUCAGAAAAUCCGACAUUAGAAAUGAACCGUCCUGAUCCAACACUUUUUUGCACAGCUUAUAAAAAAAAUAGAUUUUAUAUGUUUACAAGGCGAGAACCAGAAGAUACUAAAAGCCAGGAAUGUGAUAGAGAUGUUUUUAAUGAAAGACCAUCGAAGGAAGAUAUUAUUUCUUCUACAGAAGCUACUAAUGUACAAAAGAUUUACGAUACGGCAAUUAUUCAUACGGCUCUCGGAGAUAUUCAUUUAAAUCUCUUUGGAAAAGACGUUCCAAAAACAGUAGAAAAUUUCUGUGUUCAUUCAAAAAAUGGUUAUUACAAUGGACAUAUAUUUCAUAGAGUAAUUAAAGGGUUUAUGAUUCAAACCGGUGAUCCUACUGGAACUGGUACCGGUGGGGAAAGUAUAUGGGGAGGAGAAUUCGAAGAUGAAUUUAGGCCACAUUUAAAACAUGAUAGACCAUAUACUUUAAGUAUGGCAAAUGCUGGAUCGAAUACAAAUGGCAGCCAAUUUUUUAUUACUUUGACACCAACUCCUUGGUUAGACAAUAAGCACACUGUGUUUGGUAGAGUGGUAAAAGGGAUGGAAGUUAUACAAAAUAUUAGUCAAGUAAAAACGAAUCCGAAAACCGAUAAACCUUAUGAUGAUAUUCGAAUAGUUAGUGUCACUGUGAAAUAA